AUGAACUUCCAUGAAAUUAUCUCAAAUAAACCUCAAGAAAUUACUUGUGGAAUUAGCUCUGAUGAACCUAAAGAAAUCAUCAAUAACAUUAGCUUGAAUGAAUCUCAAGAAAUUGCUUAUGAAUUUAAUUCCAAUGAAUACCAGGAAAUAACUCAUGAAAUUAGCUUCAAUGAACCUCAAGAAAUUGAUACUCUUAUUCCACAAAAUAAAAUAGAAAAAAAGAGGAAUGAAUUUAUUGAACAUGUAAAAAACUUGCCUGAAAAUCAGAUAAUUAAUGCUUAUACUUUAUUCUCCACAAUGAGAUAUGAUAAAGGAAACCAUCGUGGAGAAAUAUAUUCAACCUAUAUUCAAAAAAAGGCAAAAGAAUUUGUAAAUAGCAGCAUUUAUAAACAAUCUUCAUCUAUAUCAUCAAUACAAGGGAAAAUUAGUGGAAUGGAAACCAAAAUACAUAAAAUGGAAAAGAAAAAGGAGGUUACUGAUCUUCAAUUAAGAUCACUUAAGAUGAAAGAAGUGAAAGCUAAAGAAGCAAAAAAGAAUAAUAUUUCUCAGUUGCGUUCUAUUCAAAAAGCAAAAAAUACUACACCAAAUCAGCUCCAGAAUGUAAUAAAAAGGAUGAUAAAAGAAAACAAGAAGCAAUACACACCUGAAUUUGUACAGCUUGCAACCAAAAUCAGUAACAUUGGUAGCAUUUCUAUUUCAUCUACUGUUGAAUGCACUAGAGCAAUUAUACAUUUUUUAACAGGUGAUGAACCAGAUCAUUGGGACUAUUUCACGCUGGAAUAA